AUUGUGCUCUCAUUUUCUUAAAGGUUUCUCAAUUUAUCCUCGGCCUCCAUCUCUCUCGUUGACGAUCGGCUCUACCACAGUCCCCCCCCUGAUAUCAAGAGUAAAUAUACACCUGCACUUUACAUGGAAUGCUAUUUUUUCAAAUUCGUUGGUGGUAUCAGCUCCUUGUUUCUCAAUUUUCUCCUCUACCUCCAUCUCUCUCGUUGCCGAUCCAGAGUCCCCCCUGAUAUCAAGAGGUAUUACUCGAUCUCAAUUUUCUCCUCUGCCUCCAUCUCUCUCGUUGCCGAUCCAGAGUCCCCCUGAUCUCAAGAGUUCUUUGGCUGAACAUUUUUUGAGCUUGUGGAAUCUGACAUAGCAAAACAGUGGGCAUGGAAGUGGUGGCUGCGUUUGUUGUUGAAGCAGUGGUAGCAACAGGCCGGGUUCUCGGUGGCUCUAUCAAUUCUUGGAUCAAGAACACUGUCAAAUUCCAAUCAAACCUUGGCAUUUUGGAAAAGGAGAUGGAAGACCUCUUGGCUGUCAAAGAGGAAGUAAAAAAUGAAAUAGAAUUAGCUGAGAAAGAAGGAAGAAUAGGAAGACCUCUAGUUACAAAGUGGCUUGAAGAGGUUGAAGAGCUUCUGCUUGAAGCCGAACAGAUUCAUCUAGCAGCAACACCUUUUAGACGUUCUGUAAAUUGUUGUAAGCUGUAUAGCCUAAGGAGGGAAGUGGCAGAAAAGCUCAAAGAGAUAGAGAGGCUUGCAAAAGCUGGAAAUUCCUAUAUUGGUGUUGUGACUCUCGGUAAUUCAGCGCCCACAAAAGUGGAGCAUAUUCUUGGACCUUCAAUUCAAGAUCAAUCAACAGCAUCAAAAAAUUUGGAUGAUACUAUGAUUCUAUUGUCUGACGAUAAAAUCCGGAGGAUUGGUAUUUGGGGGAUGGGAGGAGUGGGCAAGACUACACUGAUAAGAACCUUGAACAAUAAACUCAAGAGUAGUUCAAUGCAGCCUUAUGGCAUUGUUUUAUGGGUUACUAUUUCCCGGAAUUUGGACAUGAAAAGAGUCCAAACAGAAAUAGCUGAGAGAUUGAAUUUGGAAACAAAAAUGGGAGAAAGUAUGAAGAGAUUGGCUCAUCGACUUUAUGAAAGACUUAAGAAGGAAGAAAAAUUUCUGCUCAUUCUAGAUGAUGUGUGGGAGAAUAUUGAUUUGGACAAUUUGGGUGUCCCGCAACCUGAAGAUCAUAAGGGUUAUAAAAUCAUAUUGACUACUCGAUUUUUGGAUGUUUGCAGGCUCAUGAUGACUGAUGUUGAAGUUACAGUGGCUGUUUUACGUGAUGAAGAAUCUUGGCAAUUGUUUAGUAAAAAUGCAGGGAAUGUGGCCAGUUUGGAACAAAUUAGACCAGUUGCAAAAGCUAUUGUUAGAGAAUGUUGCGGAUUGCCUUUGGCCCUCGUCACAAUGGGAGCUGCUAUGAGAGGAAAGACAAAGGUCGAACGGUGGAAGCAUGCCUUAAAUGCAUUGCAAAGAUCAGUGUUUUGUCCACCAGACAUCGCUGAUAAGAUCUAUAAGCCAUUGAAGUGGAGUUACGACUCAUUAGAAGGUACAAAAAUGAAAUAUUGUUUCUUGUAUUGCUCUUUGUUUCCCGAAGACUUCUCAAUUUCAAUAAGUGAACUUGCACAAUGCUGGCUAGCCGAAGGUUUCCUAGAUGAGCAAGAAAACUAUGAAAAUUCAUUUCAUAGAGUAAUUGACUUGAUUGAAAAUCUAAAGGAUUCUUGUAUGUUGGAAGAUGGUGCUCGUAAGAACACUGUAAAGAUGCAUGACGUUGUUCGUGAUGUUGCCAUAUGGAUUGCGUUAUCGUUUGAGGAUGGAUGUAAAUCCCUUGUUCAGUCAGGGAUUGGCUUGAGCGAGAUGUCAGCUGUCGAGUUAUCAAAUUCUCUUAAAAGAGUUUCGUUCAUGAAUAACAAGAUAAAAAGGCUGCCAGAUUGUGUGGUACAAUGUUUAGAGGCCUCCACUUUGCUACUACAAGAUAAUCCUCCUCUUGACAUAGUUCCAGAGAAAUUCCUGCAAGGAUUUGAAGCACUCAAGGUCCUGAAUAUGGGUGGAACCAGCAUCCGCUCACUACCUUUUUCUCUAAUUCAACUUGGUGAACUUCGUGCUCUUCUUUUAAGGGGUUGCUUCUAUCUUGAAGAAUUACCUUCACUCGAAUGGCUUAGUAGACUUCAAGUACUUGACCUCUCUGAUACUCGUAUCAAAGAAUUGCCAAGAGGGAUGGAAAAAUUGAGCAACUUGAAGCAACUGUACCUAUCCCGCACUAACUACCUAAAUACCAUUCAAGCUAGAAUUAUAUCUCAGUUGUCUUGUUUAGAGGUUUUGGAUAUGACACGCAGUGCUUACUAUUUCAGUGUGAAGAGAGAUGUACAAGAGGGAAUGGCAUGUUUUGAAGAGCUAAAAUGUCUUGAGCGAUUACUUGUCAUCUACAUCAAAUUGGAGAGAAUCCCAUGUUUCAGCAAUGAAGAUCUUUCCUGGAUAGAUAGAUUAAGACAAUUCCACCUUUUCUUCGGCCCAGCAGAGAAAUUCUUAGCAACUACACAUGGAAAAAGAGCGGUGCAUAUCAAGAAUCUUGAUCUUCGUUCAGAAGAACAGAUUGGACCAUUGUUGAGUAAUGCAAGUUCUCUCGACUUGCGUCAUUGUUCGGGACUGAGUGAUAUGCUAGAAGACUUGGUCAUUAACAGUGUUGGCUGCUUUGCUGGUUUAAAAUCUCUUACUAUUCAGAAAUGUAAGGGCAAUUCAUGGCAAGGAGGAUGUGCUGCCCACAAUGAUCUUCUACCAAACCUAGAGGAACUUUAUCUCCGAGACCUGAAUUACGGAGAAAGCAUUUCAGAAAUGUUUGGCCAUCUUGGGCUAAGGUUUCUUAAACUAAAAUUAAUAGAAGUGGAAUGGUGUUUUCAAAUGAAAUAUCUUCUUCGAUGUGGUGACUUUAUUCAGGACCUGCCAAACCUACAAGUAAUCAAGGUACGACACUGUUUCUGGUUGGGUGAGCUCUUUACUCAUCAUUACAUGCAAUAUAUGGCUCCAGAUACUGUUGUUCCAAAACUACGCAUAUUGGAAUUGGAGCGCCUUCCCAAAUUAGGUACUCUUUGCCGAAACCAAGAGACAUGGCCGCUUUUAGAGCAGGUUCAUGUGUCUGGGUGUGAUCUUGUUAGGAAGCUGCCUCUUACCGAUCAAAAUGCAGAAAAUUUAAAAGAAAUUAAAGGAGAAUCACGAUGGUGGAACAAAUUGGAGUGGCAUACUGACACAACGAAAUCAAGUCUGCAGCCUUUUUUCAUUGAAUUUAAGGCAUUUUAGAACCUGGGUAAGAGGGAGUGAGUGAGAGUUUUUAUUGAUUGAGGUGUUCAUUAUUGUUUUUUUGUCUAUUACAAUUUUAUUGUUUGGUUUGUUUGUGAGAAUUGUUGUAUAUGUAAGCUUUUCUA